AUGGCAGGCAUAGCUUGUAGGCUUGAAAGAUACAGAGGGGCAAGUUACCUAGCUCACGGAGACAGUUUGUUUUCCUCAGCAAACUUAUUUCGGGUUGGUGUCAGUACAACAUAUAAAAUUGUGGUCGAAGUUUGUCCCUUGAUUUGGGAAUUGCUGUCACCCAUUUAUUUAUCUUGGAAGUCUGCUGCAGAGCUGGAGGUUGUUGCUCAUGGCUACCGGGCCAGGUGGAAUCUUCCCAACUGUCUGGGUGCAUUGGACGGAAAGGAAAUCAGGAUAAGAGCUCCUCCGCACUCAGGAAGCAUGUUCUACUGUUACAAAAAGUUCUUCAGUUUUAAAGUACUGUCUAUUUGCGAUGCGUUUUAUCGUUUCACGUGGAUCAGUGUAGGGGACUAUGGUUCUAUCAGCGAUUUAUCAGCGUUUCGUAACACGGAAUUAUAUAAAGCACUUGAACAAGGCGAAAUUGACCUUCCUCGAGACAAUUUUCUUCCACGCAGCAAUAUUCGGAUGCCAUAUUUUUUUAUCGGGGAUGCAAUAUUUGAAUUAAAAAAAUAUUUGAUGACUCCCUACAAUAGAAAUAAUCUUGUUUCUGAGGAGCAAAGAAUUUUCAAUGAAAGAUUAUCUAGGGGAAGGAAUACAAUUGAGGACACCUAUGGGGUGUGGACAAGCAAAUUCCAAAUUUUGAACACUCGUCUAAACUUCUCAGUUGCAAAUUCAAAAAAUAUUAUUCAAGCGUGUGUAUGUUUGCACAACUUCAUUAUUAAUGAAGAAAUGCUUGAUCCUUCUGAGAGAAGACGCCAACAUGUUCCUAGGCAGGUUGCUGAAAAUGUACAAGGAGUUCCUAGACACGAAGAGGUAUUCGCAGAUGUUCCUCACGACGUACAUGAGCAGCGAAAUGCUUUAGCUGGAUAUUUUUCUUCCCCUGCAGGAGCGCUUCUUUAUCUUUAA